AGAACCAUGUCGGCGGAGACCGCGAGCGGCCCCACGGAGGACCAGGUGGAGAUUCUGGAAUACAACUUCAAUAAGGUCAACAAGCACCCCGACCCCACCACGCUGUGCCUCAUCGCCGCUGAGGCGGGCCUCACCGAGGAAGAGACACAG